AUGGUCGACGAGCACGCAGCUGCUGUUAGAUCGUGGUUAGACAAGUUGGUGAUCGGCAUGAACCUAUGCCCGUGGGCCAGAACAGCCGAUGAGUCCGGCGGAAUCCGGGUGGUCACUUGCCUUGGGUCCACCCCUGCAGAGGUGCUGCAGGACCUCCAAAGAGAGGCGGAAGCGUUGCCAAAAGAGCGGGAUACUCGACCGGGCGUAGCAACCACAAGCCUCGUGGUCUGCCCUCACGUGAAAGCCUGGCGCGAAUUUGAACCGUUCGCAGAAUUCUUCGGCAACACCCUGAAGAACGGGGUGACGUUCGAAGCCAGCCUGGGUGUCAAGCUGGUGGCAUUUCAUCCCCAGUUUGAGCAUCAACCGUUGUUUGGCAGCGUGCUUGAGGUGGACGAUGUCUUGUCUCUACCGCUUGAUGGGGCCUUGCAGGAGGCCACGGUCUUGGACCCAGAUGCCGGGCAAGACGAAGAGGGCCAUGACAUGUUUCUGGUCGGCCUGAAAGAUGGACGCGAGGAGCGAGUUGCCUACAAGUACCUGGCAGAGCUUCUGCAAGAGGAGGGAGAUGACCAGGACGAAGAGCUUGAGGAGCAGCUGCAAGGUGAGGCUAUGCUUGCCGGAGGUGAGCUUGCACCAGAUGAGAUUCUGGCGAGCGUUCCGCAGCGUGCGCCGCGACCAACAUUUCACCUCUUGCGGCUUUGCGACGUGUCUGCAGCUCUUGCCGACCCCUCAGCUGGAGAUCAAGUUUUGGAGCAGAAUGCGGACACCGUGCAAAAGCUGGGACUUGAAAGCUGGACGCGCCUGAUGGCAAAAUGGCCUUGGCCAGAUGAAGUCACUAUAGGUUUGCAGUGUCAGUAUGACUUCGUAACGCUUGUGAUGUCAGGCAGCUACUCAUUCCGGAACGGCAUGAGCAGUCUGACUGAUGCCAUAGAGGACUCCCUGCGGCACCCGGCACCUGGAACGCGUGCGGUGGAGAUUCGGCAUUUGCCACAGAGGUUGUAA